AUGGGUUCGCGAGGAGCAAAGGAACUGGUAAGUAGGGCAACUAGAAUGAAGACUAAGCUCCAAUCAGCUUUCGAAGCCACAAUUCUUGACCUCGAAGACGUUUCCUACCAGCACGCCGGCCACGCAGCUGUCAAAGCUAACCCUAACUCUGCCGCCGGCGAAACCCAUUUCAACCUCAAGAUUGUCUCCCCGAAAUUCGAAGGCUUGAACCUCGUGAAACGGCAUCGUUUGGUCUACGAUGCCUUGGCCGACGAGCUCCAAUCUGGACUCCACGCCCUCUCUAUCGUCGCCAAGACUCCUCAAGAGCUCGAAUUUCAACCCAAACGUCGACCAGAGUAA